GCCAAAGCGUUUACAUCUUGUGCAAGUGCGAGCUUCUUCAAAUUUCGAAGGUGGAAAGUGAAAACUCGCUGUUUUCUCUGCGUUUCUGUUGUGGAAACUAUUCGGAACAAAUUUGGAAUUUGAUAAGUUUCAUUAUCUGUCGAACAAAGUAAGUUGCAGCUGCCAGCGAGUGAAUCAUCCUUGUCGCCUUCGGAACAAUUUGAUUGUAUUCCAGCUGUGUCGGGUGUUCUGGUGAAAGGAAAGAGAAUUUUUCUGUUCUUUUUUUUCGGCUGAACGAUGAUAACCGUUGAUAAGAUUAAGGAAAAAUAUCCGAUUCAUUGGUUCGUCUGGAACAACGAAAUCGAUGAGCUGCAGCAGGCAAUCGAUAGUAAUGAGCAUAACCUAGACCAGUUGGACCCCCGGGGACGUACGCCGCUCAUGCUGGCCGUUAAACUAAGUCACCUCGAAUGUGUGAAAGCACUACUGGCGGCCAGAUGCGAUGCCAAUUUUGAGUGUGAUGGAUGGUCUGUGGUCCAGGAGGCAGUUUGCUCCGGCGAUGUCAACAUCCUGACUGCGAUCCUCGAAGUGCGGGACCUGCAACGUCACAUGAAACGUGUAUCACACGUUCCUCAGUUACUGCAACACUUGCAGGACACACCGGAUUUCUACGUCGAGAUGAAGUGGGAAUUCACCAGCUGGGUCCCGCUAAUGUCACGUGUAUGUCCCAGUGAUACGUACAAAGUGUUCAAGCGGGGCUCGAAUGUUCGAAUCGACACCACCUUGCUUGGUUUUGAUAACAACAGCUGGCAGAGAGGUAACCGCAGCUACAUCUUCAAGGGUCAGGCCGAAACGGCAACAAUGAUAGAGAUUGAUCACGACACCGGGGAGGUUUCGGUGGAACACAUGCGAAACGUUGAAGCUGAGGGUAUCGUUGGCAUCCAACCAUCGAAGGAAUCUGUUGCGCUUAGACUGCAGGCACCGGUGAUUUGUAAUCAUAUCGACAUGGACAAGAUAAGUUUCGAGAGAAAUAAAUCUGGCUUCUGGGGAUGGCGCAGCGAGAAAACGGAGAAUAUCAACGGGUACGAGUGUAAGGUUUACGGUGCGAGCAAUGUGGAGUUUAUAACCCGUACACGCAAUGAACACUUGAGUGAGGAACAAGCAAGAAUUAAAAGCUCGAGAACCCCUCUGCAACACAUUCUGGGAAUUGCUGAGGAAGAUUACAAUCACGCCGGUUCAAAUGUUGCUGCCAAUCCGCAAAGUGCACUUAGCGACACAAGUUCCUCGCCGCUGUUGGGCCAAGAAAACAGCAGCCCAAUACCGCAGGACGGUGCUACCUCAUCGUAUGCAACAGAUAUGCUGCCCAACGCACCUAGUGCAGAGGAAUAUUUCUCCGAUAUGGAUCUCCAGGGGCGAGAUAUAGGAAAACCAAAAAGAAUCACCGCGAAAGUGCAACGAUUUAGAGCCAAUUUGUGGUUAAGCGAACAGUUUCCGAUCAAACUGCAGGAACAAGUACUACCGAUAUUAGAUCUUAUGUCCACGAUGGCCAGUCCACAUGUGUCUAAACUGAGAGACUUCAUUACGAUGCAGCUUCCAAACGGGUUUCCAGUUAGAAUAGAAAUUCCUCUCUUCCACGUGCUGAACGCGGUCGUUACGUUCGGAAAUGUUUUCGCUAUCGAUACACCCGUCACCAAUGUCAGCCACAUCAAAGAAACAGACGAUCGUACGACGUGCAUCAUCGACGACUGCUGCUUUGAUGUGCCGUCCGAGUACGUUCGACGGGGUAACGAGUUCCGUCGCCAGAUCACAUUCGAGGACGAGGACGAGCUGAUGCAAUUUGCUAUCCAGCAGAGUCUGAUCCAAUCGGGCAGCGAAAACGACGAAGUUGACAUCUGGGAGGCGCUAAGGGCACAGCGUCCGCUGACUCCCAACCUUUACGAGGACGAGCAGCUGCAAAGAGCUUUGCAAGAAUCACUGUUCACCGGAUUUCAAAGUGGUAGUGCAGAAGCAGGAGCAGCUUCAGAGCACCAACAGGUUACCAAUGGAGCGCUUCCGGGGCACCUUGCGAGUGACGAAGUCGACAGCAUACCGGACUAUCUCGAUCCUAAUCUAGAGCUGGCGAUCAGGCUCAGCCAGGAGGAGGAAAAACGACGCGAAGAGGAACGCAAACGAGAGGAAGAAAUGCUGGCCGAAGUGCUUCGGCUAAGCUUAGAGGAUAAGUAGAAUCCAGCAGGGGGCGUUUCGCAUAUUUUUAAAACGUUUAUUUUAUAUUUGAAUCUGCACACAGUCACGAAUAAUGAGUACAGCGAGGGAGGGAAAUCAAUUUUCUCAUGCGUUUGGUAACAUAUAUACAACAAAGCACGAGUAUGGAAUAUUCGUCAUGUGUAAUAACUAAGAUAAAUCUGAACUACGACACAUAAAUAUAUAUUUAUUAGCACUAGCCAUUUUCCAUAAUAUUUAUAAAACAGUGAUUUAAAACUUUUUAUAAUUAUAUAUCCUGUGUAUAAAUUAAGUCGCUAUGAAAGAACUAUCUCACUAAGGGCGACACUAAAUCUAAUUAAGUCAACAAUGUAUCUACUAUUUUCACGCAUUUGUUUCCAAUAAAACCUCUUUGUCGAUUAAAUUGUGUGUAAAACAUAAUUGAAGCGUUUUUGCGCAAGUUUAAACAUAUUUUCCUGUCCAACUUUAUGUUAUCCACCUAGCAUUAAACAUAUGAAAUAUUGAAAUACAACUAACCCUAUUUGUAAAUGAUUAUGAAUCUUUCAUAA